UAAUAACAAUGAGAGUACCGAGUGCCCGGACUGUGGUAAAGCAUUGACUGUGAGUAACCUAAACAAGCACAUCAAGUCUGUGCACAAGAAGAUGAAGAAAACUUGUGAAAUCUGUAAUGAAGAAGUUCCCUACUCCUCUAUUAGUGUUCACAAGAGAAAGGUGCACGGAAUUGGAAAACCUAUGGACGAUAUCACACCUCGUGGACCUAACCUUAAACUUAGAAAGAGGUAUCGUCAGAUGAUAGAGAAUGAGCUUGAGUUUGACAGAUUAGCUGAGACUACUGGAACAGGGUAUAUUAAAGGAGAUGGAGAUGAUGAUGAAGAGAUGAUGGACGAGGAGAUGGAGGAGAUGGAGGAGGAAGGGGAGGAGGAGGAGGAGGAGCUUGGGGAGGAUGGAACUGAAAUGGGCACCAAGACAAUUCAGGUUCAGUUUAAAUCCUAAAAAUAGUUAAAAACC